AUGGCCGAUAAGAAACGGAAAAACCAACGAUCAAUGGAAGCCUUCCUAGUAAAAAAAAACGAGAGAAGAUCCAGAGGCAGAGGUAAGUAGUAAUUCAAAUUUCAAAGAGCUUGAACUGCAUGUUAAAAUCAUAAGAGCAGUGCAGUAAGCUACUAAGCUUACAUAAUACAUUCAUUGUACCAUAGUGUUUUUGCUAUUUUUCUUUUGCUUUUAAACUCUAUGAUAAAAAUAUUUUUAACUAAAACUUUUUUAACCGGCCAUGCAUGAGUAAAGUGGUCAGAACAGUUUCAAAAUAUGAUAAAAGUCGCGAUUUAUCAAUUAUCAUUAAUAAAACUGUAAAACUAAUCAGAAUUCUGAAAUGGCUUUUUCAGAAUCAGCUGGCAGGCAAUCUCAAUAGUUCCACUACUACAAUGACACAUCAAGAGAGUGCAAUUCAAAUCGUCGGCGCUGCUCAGGUUGAACAGUAUUCAUCUGACGCCGAAAGUGGAGGCAAGUUUUGCAAAUACUUGUAUUGUUAAAGGUUGCACCACGACUAUCAUGCAGUAUUUUAAUUUUUUAAUCAUUGAUGGCAGUAGUUUUCCAUACAAAAUUUAACGGUGAACAUCCGCUUAAUUUAGAUCUACAAAUAAUGCCAGGAAUAGAAGCUUCAGCGUUUGCCGAACCUUUGGGCUGCACAGCAACAACACCGGCAUUACCUCCUCUCAAUGACAGUGAACUUGAAGUAGCAACUGAUUCAGAGACUGGUAGUUCCUCAAGUUAGUGACCGAGAAAUCAAUUCUAAAUAAUCUAUGAUUCUUAGUUUCUGAAAAAGUUCAGUUUUAUCUCUCUUUCACAGCUUAAUUACAUGUUCCCCUUCACUUUAUUUCAGCAAAUUCAGCUCAAAAAAUCACUUUAGAAACUCAAGAUGGUCCAAGACAACCACGGCUACAUAAGUUUGCUGUGCGAGAUCCCAAAUCAAAGAAAACAAAAUCCUUUCAAGCAUCUUGGUACAGCCACUUCGACUGGUUAGAGAAUAGUCUUGAGGGAGAUGCUGCAUUUUGUUAUCCUUGUCGGAAAUUUUCAGUAAAUACCUCUGCAGUGGCUACAAGUGCUUUGACAUUUACUGAGACGGGUUACAAGAACUGGGUGAACGCUCUUGAUGCAAAUAAAGGUCUGUCUAAACACGAACAUUCCGAAACACACAAGAAUUGUUGUGAUAAAUGGUCUGAUUUAAAGAAAAUAGAGGCAGGUAAAGAAAAAGACAUCAGGAGCAGAAUAAACCCUGACCGUGAAGAGGUAGCCAGAGGAAACCGGGAAUAUCUCGGCAGUUUAUUUAAGUAUGUCAUCUGGUUUACAACAAACGAGGUUCCCAUGAGAGGUGGUGAUGAAACUGAGGAAUCUAAGAAUCCUGGGAAAUGGAUCAGACUUUAUCAAACUGCAGCUUGA